AUGGAGGCCAAAGAGCCACAGGUCACCGUGGUGGCCACCCUGGGCGAGCUGCUGGACACCCUGCCCAGGUGGGACGAGAUGCGGCUCAAGUCCCUAGAGUACCUGCACUCCAACCUGGUGGACUUCAGCAGGAAGCUCAGGGACACCACGGAGUCCAUUUAUGACACCUGGUGGCACCGUGAUGUCACCUCCAACAAUAAAGCCCGUCCCGCCUCCCUGAGUGGAGCUCUGGCCGUCUAUGAGAACACCCCAUGGACCUCCUGGGACUGCGUGAAAAUGGUGGCCAGGCACUGGCUGGGGUCGGCGGAUAAGUGCCUGGAGAACAGCACCGAGCUGGGCAGGAAGGCCACCGAGCUCCUCAACACCUGCAGGGAUUUGGCCACUGAGGAAGCCACUGAGGAAGCCACCGCCACUGCCCGGGCCAGGGAGCAGCUGGGCCUGGCUGCCCGUUAUGGGACAGCUCAGGAAAACAUGGAGGAGCUGGGUCAGGCCCUGGGCAGGGAGGAGGGGGCCGAGGUGGUGGCUGAGCGUGAAGCCGAGGUGAGGAGAGAGGCCAGGGUGGCUGCCAGCGAGGCAACAAGGGCCACCAUGGUGAGACAGCGGCUGGAGGUGUCCCUGGAGCUGGUGGAGCGCUUGGUGGCCGCGUGUGACAAAGCCACCGCCUUCCCCCGGGAGCUGAAGCGCAGGGUUGGGGACAUCGUGGCUACCCUGGAGGGCACAAAUGAGGUGUCCCCCGAUGUCCCCAAGGACUUGGUGGCCAAGGUGGCCGUGGCCGAGCAGCUGUGGGAGGCCAACGCCCGCCUGGUCCACGAUCACCUGGUGGGGGCAGUUGAUGACAUGACCGAGUGCUUGUCCACUGGUGGUCCCACCAGCCCCUGUGCCUGCGGGGUGGCCGAGCGGUGCCAAAGAGCCAUCGAGGACAUCCCAAGGCUCCUUCGACCUCCGGAGUGUCCCCGAAUCUUCCCCAAGCUCUCCCCAGUGAGCAUGGAGCCCCAAAAGCUGUCCUUGGCCCUGCUGAAGCACAACAUUGCUAAGCCCUUCCAGCACUGCUGUUGCGACUCCGAUCUUGCUGACGCUCCCACCUCCCUGUGCCCGGCCCUGGCUGCCUACGAGAACAUCCCAUGGAGCACCGGGGGUGAGAAGGGACCAGGUGACAAUGGUGGCCAGCGAGUGGCACAGGUCGGUGUCCACGUUGGAGGACAGCUGGACCCAGCUGACCAGAGAGGCCAUCAAGCUCCGGGACGCCUGCAGGGACAUGGCCAACGGCAGGGGCAUCACAACGGCCAUGGAAGAAGUCUCAAGAAAGGGCAUAGAAAAGGCCUUGGGGGAGGCCAUAAGAGAAGGUGUCAUAGAUGUGGGAGAGGAUGUGGGAGGGGCUGUGGUGGCCAAGAGCCAGGCGAGGGGAGUCAAAACGAUGAGACAGCAGGCGGAGGAGCCCCUGAGGCUGCUGAAGCACCUGGUGAUUGCAUGUAGAAAACUCACAGUGUUCUCCCGGCAGCUGCAGCACAUGGCUGGGGGGAUCACAGACACCAUAAGGGGAACAGGGGAGCCAUGCCGCAAUUUCCGCGCUUCUGUGGCAGCCAAGGUGACCAGGGCUGAGUGGCUGUGGGUGGGCAGCAGCCUCCUGGCCAGGGACCACUUGGUGGGGGCACUUGGGGACGUCCACACCAUCUUCAGGUGUGGUGACACCAAUGGCUCCAUCGCCCGAGCGGUGCCAAAAAGCUGCCCAGGACAUCCCGAAUCUGCUGCAGGGACAGUGAUGUCACCAAUGUGAGGUCAUCAGGGCAGUGACAUCAUCGGGGACAAGGCUGGCAUCACCUGUUCUCUUCCCCUAGCUCGCCAUGUAGGGUUUGAAACAAAUAUAGGGAAUUUUCUGGGAAUUUUGACUGAAAUUGACCCAAAGCCUGAUGGGAAUUCCCAGGGUAAUGUCACUGGGGACACUCAGGGACAUUCUGGGGACACUCAGGGACAGGGGUGAAUGAGUCCCCUCAAGAGCUUCCAGCUUUUCACUGUGCCUGCAGCAGAGAUGGGUUAUAAAUGACACUAACUGGCUUCUGCAUUUCUGUAUUGGCUUUUCCGCAUUGUUAUGAAUCACCAGCAAUUUGAUUAUGGAGGGACUUUGACAGCUGGCCUGCAAGCAAAGCUGAGUUAAGAGAAGAAAUAACAAUUGAUGGUUACUAAAUGUAUCCAUAGCAAGGGAGAUGACAAGGCCGUCAGCAUGGAAACGGAUUGGAAAAGAUAGAUGAAAAUUUUUGUUAGCUACACUAUGUGCCUAAGUACAUGUGUAUACGUGCCUUAUUAAAUUUCUGUAAAACUUUUGCCAAUUAUAUUGAUGCUAAUUGCUUUGCACCAAUUAAUAUCAAGCUUUGUUAAGAGUAUAUAAACUGGAGAACAUGCAGAAUAAAAAACUUUAUCUUCUUGGA